UCGGCGCCCGUCAUUUGGCUGCGCCCAAAAGUCCAUCCCUCCUCAUUUGCAUAUGAGUAGCAGUUUCCGGUAGAAUUCUUCGGAAGCAUGGCUGCCAUCGGGGUGCACUUUGGAUACACAUGUGCCUGUGUUGCGGUAUUUAAGGAUGGACGAGCAGAUGUUGUGGCCAAUGAUGCAGGGGACAGAGUCACUCCAGCUGUGGUCGCAUAUAGAGACACUGAACAGAUCGUGGGAAUCGCCGCUAAACAGGGCCGAAUACGAAAUGCCACCAAUACGGUUGUCAAAGUUAAGCAGAUCCUUGGCAGACGCUUUGAUGACCCAGAUGCUCAGGCACACAAAGAAGAAAGCAAAUGCAUUGUUGUCAGCAAGAGUGACCUGCCCAGAUAUGAAAUCGACACGGGAGAGACAACCAAGUAUGUGUCGCCUGAAGAUGUAGCUAAAUUGAUCUUCCAUAAAAUGAAAGAGACGGCUCAGUCAGCCUUGGGUUCGGAUGUGAAAGAUGCUGUCAUAACGGUGCCUUUUGAGUUUGGAGAGAUGCAGAAGAAUGCUCUAAGGCAAGCUGCAGAAAGUGCCGGGUUCGACGUGCUGAGGCUGAUACACGAACCCUCUGCUGCCCUUCUAGCUUAUGGGAUCGGACAGGACUCAUCGUUGGGAAAAAGUCAUGUCCUGGUGUACAAACUCGGAGGCACGUCGCUCAGCGUCACCGUCCUGGAGGUGAACAGUGGAAUGUACCGUGUCCUCACGACACAGACCGAUCACAGGACGGGAGGAGAGAGCUUCACACAUGAGCUCGCACAGCACCUCGCCGCCGAGUUCAAAAAGACUUAUAAACAGGAUGUGACGGGAAACCCCAGGGCGAUGCUCAAGCUCAUGAAUGGUGCUGAUUUGGCCAAGCACACUCUCUCCACCCUGAGUAGUGCCAACUGCUUUGUGGACUCGCUUUAUGACGGCAUGGAUUUUGAGUGUAAUGUGUCCAGAGCCCGUUUUGAGCUGAUAUGCUCCAGCCUCUUUACUAAGAGCAUUCAGCCAAUUAAAAGUCUCCUCGAGCAAGUAAACCUGUCCACCUCUGAUGUCAACAAGGUGGUUUUGUGCGGAGGAUCAGCUCGUAUCCCGAAGUUGCAACAGAUGAUCAGGGAUUUGUUCCCAGACGUGGAGCUACUGAACUCCAUUCCCCCGGACGAGGUGAUUCCGGUCGGUGCUGCCAUGCAGGCGGGCAUCCUGGUCGGAAAAGACAGCCUGGCACUCGGAGAAGAUUCCAUCACUGUGGAUUGCUGUGCCAGCGACAUCACGGUUAAGGAAGUGGAUGACUCCGGAGCGGAGGUUUUCACAGUUUUGUUUCCAUCUGGCACACCUCUCCCUGCCCGCUGUCAGCACACGCUGCAGGGUCCUGGCAGUCUGUCGUCAGUGAGUCUGGAGCUGUACCAGGCACAGCAACCAAUCGCACAGAUUGUACUUCGAGACCUGGAACCUAAAGAGGAGCUGCAUGACUUUGUCACAGUGCUGACAAUGAAGAGAGACGGUUCACUGCACGUUACGUGCACAGAGUUGGGAAGCGGCAGAUCCGAGGCCAUAACCAUAGAAACAGCUGCUGCUGCAGCGUCUUAACCUUCAAUCGUGCUGUCAACAUAAUUCCAUACACUAACCUAAACACCUGCAUCUCAUGCUGUUUGAGGUUUUCCAUUGCUCUAGAUUCCUCUAGAGAUUAACCAAACAAGAACUUGAACAUGUUUGCUUCAGUUCAAGGAAUAGCUCACCCAUAAAGGAAAAUGUUUUACUUGUUCUCAUGUU